AUGCAUAGUGCAAUUAAUCACAUUUCUCAUGUUUUAAAGGCCAGUGAAAUCACAAACCAGUUACAAGAAGUUGCUUAUUUCUCUGCAAGAGAUUCUGCUCCUAUCUGGGAAGUGAAUGUAGCCCAUAAGUGGAAACCAUUAACCCUCGAAUUAGCUGCUUGGGUUGAAGAUAGAUGGAGACAGGAUGCCAAAAAAGCUCAAAUGAAAGAGUUUGUUCAUAACCAAAUUGAAAAUGCUGAAGAAUUCAGUGAAGGGCUAUCAUUGGGCGCUCAAAUGCUAAUGGGCCAUCUUUGUGCUGGAGGCAGUGGAAAUUCUUCCCUGAUUACAUCAGCAUUGCCUGAUUGUGUUGCACCACCAAAUUUUGAUGAUGACUACAAGAAAAGAAGGAGAUUGUGCCUUCAACAGAUGUGUGAUUUACCUGAAUCGUUAAUACAGAAUAGUAGAACAUUUGAGGUUGGAAUUACUCUUGGAAUGUCUGGGCUGAUAAUUAAGCAUUUGACAGGUAUUCAACAACAUGAUGGCUUGGAAGCAUUUUUCCGAAGUGUUGGUAAAGGUUUAAUGGGACUCUUAACAAAACCAUCUGGUGGUGUCGUUGACUGUAUAGCUAUGGCAACAGAUGGAAUUAAAAGAGCUGCUGAAACUGGAGAAGAAUUUGUAUUAAGGACAAGACAACCCAGAUAUUUAAACCCAUAUCUGGGUGUGAAGCCAUUUUCUGUUUAUGAAGCGUGUGGAAAACAGCUUUUGAUGGUUAUGAAUAAAGGUCAUUAUGCUGAUUCAGAUAUUUAUUGGAUCCAUGCACCUUUGCAGCCAGAUGGGAAGUCAUAUCUACUCAUCACCCUCCAACAUGUCUUUUUUGUGGAAAAAUGCCGUCUUUGGGGAACUUGGGAGAUGGAAUGGGGAGUGAGAGUAGAUGAUAUAAUGUCCGUUCCGAAUAUAGAAGACAAUAAGCUAAUGCUCAAAGUUCGGCAGGAUGAAAGUUUUAAUUACUUGAACGGUAAUGAGAGGGCAGUACAAUGUCAAGACCUUGCUCUACUUCAAUGGUUGCAGAAAAAAAUUGAAGCUGUUAUGAUUCUCAACAUGGAAGACAAACCUUGCCCCAUAGCUGCAGAUACAUAAUAAUAAUAAUAAUCUUUAAAAAAAAUUUUAUAUAUAAAUUGUUGUUAUCAUCAGUUAGUAAGUCGAGUUACCCAUUUUUGGUAAUCCUGCUGCUGUUUAGUAAUGUUACCUCAAUUAUCAAUAGAGUUUAUUUGAGAUAUUUCUUGUAUAUUGUUUAUCAAUAAAUAUUUGUAAGAUUAUAAUUGUCUAUCCAAGACACAUUAUACAGUGAAAGGAGUACAAGAAUAAAUUUUAAAAUAUUUAAAUUUUUAUUCAUAAGAUAUUAUUUUAGAGUAUCAUCUCAAAUAAAUCAAACCUAAUACUAUUUAUUAAAAAAUAGUUACUUCCUACAAAUGUGGGGUUAUGGUGAAAACAUAACUAAAAAUGUGACCUAAAGAAUUUUUAUAAAUUUUCUAAUAAUCUGUGAUUUCACUGUAUAAGUGUCAAUUUUUAUCUAUUUUUAUUAGCCAGCUUAUUUUAUAGGAUGAGGGGAUUAUUUUAAAUACCAGACUGCUGUGACAAUUGUUAAUUGAUAUAAAUAUAUUUUUGUAAUUAUUAGUUACUGUUAUUUUCUUCAAUGGUCUUGGUUGAUUGAUCAUUGCAGGUGCUUUUAAGAAUGGCUAUUUUAGGCUGCAAGCAUUUCAGAUCUUAAAAUUAUUUUUUUUAAUGAGAGCACAAAUUAUAAUUAGUUAUUUGAAAUAAUUUUGUGAACCCCUGUGUAUUUUCAUCUGAAAGAUAUAAAUACUUCACCUGUGAAUGGAAGUAAAUUUGAUAACUAAUUCCGUUUACUGUGAAGUUAUUGCAAUAAUUUAUUGAUAAAUUGUAAAUGUAUUAUAUUUUUAGUACCUACAUAUAUAUAUUGAUGUACCAUGGAUGGUUUAAUAAAGUUAUGUUGUAUAUUGAAAUUAACUCACAACUUUA